CAUGGCGCACAGCCCAGCACUUUGACCAGGGGUGGGGCUUGACUGCGCAUGCGCCCUGCAUAUACCUACCGAGUUUCCGUUGCGCGCCCGCUGCAGCUGCGGCUCCCUCAGCCUGGUGCUUGGUGCUUGGUGCUCUUCCUCCUGGCACAGCAUCACAUUUGUUCAGCAGAGGAGACGUGCACAGCCGUGUCCCCCCUCCCUGAGAGUUCAUGGCUUCUGCUUGGGCGAAUGUCUGCCGAGCACCACCUUCUCCUCCCGUCCGGCCAUUGUGGCUCUACGUUGAGGGACAACAGUAACGGUGCUGCCGUCGGAAACAUCCUUGCAUGACCACAACACCUGGAUUUCCUUGUAUGUGCCUGCCAUGAUGCUUGGAUUCCAGGGAAGUACUUCAUCUUCUGCUAAAGUGUAUCGUUGCGUGGCGUGUUCAGCCACCUUCACUGGAUUGGCCUCCCUACUGGUACAUCAGGCAACCCAUGCCAGUGGACUCUCUAAGGGCUCUUCGCCAGCACAGUCUAACAACAACCCACAUGAAACAUUGUUUGCAAGCAUGGACUCAUCCAGUGACCACCCCAGUGCGCCAGCGCUGUUGCCCGAGAGCCCUUCACCUUCAUUUUAUAUUUGUGAUUGUGGAGAGGAAUUUCAGGACUUCAGUCUUAUGCUAGAGCAUAAACGUUCACAUGUCUCUCAGCUACAGCUAAUGCAACCUCUUGAUAAUAACGGUGUUCCCUCUGGAACAGAGAAUGCUUUUUCCACCCAGCAUGUGUCAUUUAGCCCAGCUGUAACCAAGCCAGACAUGGAUCUUAGUUGUCCCUCUACCUCAAGGUCCCCAACUGCCAAACCACCUGCAUUAAUAGACCAUAAAACAGAUAUGAACCUGCAGGAUGACAUUGCCAUAGUAACCGCUCCUCAAGGGCAAUGUACACCCCCACAAGAUGACAUUGAGAAACAACUCAAGAACAUGUCAACAACAGCAGGGCAAAUAUCAGAGACUGUAGAGGACAUGCAUUUCGGAGACAAAACAAAUUCUUUUCACACUAGUGAAAAUGGUGAGAAUUUGCCCAGAAAAAACGCUUUAAUGAAGCUGCUGGCAUCAGCAUACAUGAAGCAGUUCCCAGCUCCUCAGUCUCAGAACCAUAACGAUAACACAGUUAACCCCAAACAAGAAGCCAUCCCUGUAGACAUAACACCAGAAACAAAAACUGUGGCCCCAAUCAACGAUCUCUCUAUUGCACAGUUGAGGCGUCUGCUUGCAAAACCUGGUAUAAAGACGAAAGCUCCAUCCAUUAGCAGAGUUCUCGAGUCCAGUAAGAAGAAGGUUGUUUCUCUGACUAAAACUUUCUCACCUGUUGUUGUUCUUGAAACCCGUCAGAAACUCAAGGAUCCAGGCAAUAAUGGUACAUAUGGAAGAUAUCAAUGUGGCCGCUGUCGUAGAGUCUUUCAAAACUUGGACAAACUGACAGAGCAUCAUUUCUUGCACAAAAAGGAGAGGAUUAAAUGUUGCCGUCAUUGUAAACAGUUGAUCAUUGGGCGGCUGCCUUUACCUGACAAUCACGUGUGCCCUCAAUUAGGAAACAAGACCAUGCAGCUGUCAAAGUCUUUAAAAAACAAGUUGCCCCAAAAGCUAGUGCCAUUCCAUAGUCUAAACAAUACAAGAAAAGUUUUCUUUUGUCCAUUGUGCAAGCACAGCUAUGCACGAAGGUGGAACCUCAAAAUGCACAAGUGCCAGGGCCCAAGGCCAGCCGUCCCUCAGCAGGUCAGUUCCUCAGGCCUAACAGAUGCAGAGGUUGAAGCUGGAUCUCAAAUGUCCAAGAGUGUAGCUGUAGGCACUGAAGUUACUGGUCAUAUCAAAGUAGAGGUGACCUCACAGAGUUCAAUUCAGUCUGAAGCUUCACAGUUGCCCUGGACUCAUCCAGCAAAAAGCUUUUCACCAUUCUGCCCCAAAUCUUCCAUGAUGGAGCAGCACAAUGAUGCCACUCUGUGCGGGAUUUCACUCCAGCAAGAUGAAGAAAUCAGUAGCUGGGAAGCGGCAGAAAUUGAUGAUGAAGACAGUAAUGAAGGACAGUGGACAAUGCCCUUGGAUGAUGAAAUGGAGGUGCUUAAUUCUAUAGCGAAAGCCGGUACUGAAGGAGAGGUGAAUAAAUCUGUGUCAGUCGAACAUACAGGGACAGCACCCACUAGCUUGCGCUAUUUUGUCAGAGAUGGAGUAAAGCGUUACCCUUGUAACAGGUGUCAGAAAACCUACAGUCGGCCAUCUACUUUGAGGCGCCAUCUACGACUGUGUGGGUUUAGGCCACGUGGACCUGGGACUGUAGCACAGGGUGAUAAUUCAGAUCAUUCACUAAAUGCCAGCAAUAUGAGGCCAAUGUUUGCUUGCUUUGUCUGCGGGAGGUCCUUUAACCGCAAAGAUAACAUGAUGGCUCACAGAAAGAGGUGUCAGUUGCAACGAACAAUGACAAACGUAGAUAUAGCCACAGUGCAGCAGAGUACUUCAGGCAAUGCAACAAACUCUCAAACACAGGAGGAUGAUAGCGGCUGGGGUAUCAUGUCACUUCCCUCCGUACUUCCAAGGAGGGUGACAUGCGAGUGUGGGGUCGGGUUUACGUCUCCAAGGCUUCUGCUGGAGCAUCUGCAGAAGCAUGCCCAGGAAUCGUACACAUGUCCAACUUGUGGAGAGACUGUGAACUCCUGGGCAGACUAUGAAGUUCAUCUGCAGAUCCAUAUGCAUCCACAACACCUGAUGAAGGGACUACAGCCACAACGAUCACAGCCUCUAUUGCUCCGAUUUCAGCAACAACCCUCUCAGCAACAGCAGAAGCCGCCGCCUCAGUCGGUGCAUCAGCCUGCACAGAAGCAAACUGCCAAAGGAGAGCAGCUUUCAAAUCCAGCAAGAGAGCAGCUUUCAAAUCCAGCAAAAAAGCAGAAUCGGAUUGUAUGCACACGAUGUGGCAACACUUUUGCCACUCGCUGUUCUCUUCGAAGGCACUUAUCUUGGAAUCGAUGCAAAGGUGGAAGGGUUAUAAAUUCUCCCACAAACCCACCCAAAACCUACCACUGUUCCCAUUGCAACUCUGACUUCCCGAACACAAUCAGUCUUCUAUUCCACCAGAGGAGCGGGGCCUGCAAGCCUGCCAUCAAGCCUGUGCGUUGCCCUGUUUGUCUCCGCUGGUUUGGCACUGUGGACGGUUUGCAGAAACACCUGCUUACUCACAAGCAGUCUGAAACAUAUCGCUGUGAUGUCUGUCAGGGUACAUACCCAAACCUUAAAUCCCUCAAAAACCACCGCAGGAGGAUUCAUCGCAUCAUGGCUGGAGACACAAAGCCAACACAAGAACAGCUGACAUGCUAAUGACACGUGUUUUUCUGAAAAAAUGUCUUAACAUUGAAGUAGUGAAAUGAAAAAUGGAGCAAAUUUCCACCUUUUCGUAUUUGCCACUUGUUUUUACCGUCCAUGAAUUAUUUUGACAUUGUAUAGCCACAUAAGGUUUUUUAAAUUUGUUUUUUUAAAGCAACUCUUAGAGUGUGAAAUAGUAGCUCACUACAGUAAAAAUUAGGAACAAAAAAAGCAAAAAAGAAACCAACAAAAGCGCUUUGAUAUAAUGUACAUUUUAGUUUUCUCAAGCUUAUUCCUUAAGUGCAUAGCCUCAUUAGCCUGUAAAUGUUUUUAGGUAUUUGGUAAUCAAACUUUUACUACAGAGAUUGUGAUGUAGCUUGUUGUUCCUGGUGUCAAUAAACAUACCAGUAUGUGAAACGUGUACAUUAUAUCAUUUUGUGCGAUAUGGAUCUAAUACACAAAGGCUUCAAAGGUACAGUGUGUAUGUAAGAUUUAGGAGGCUCCUUAAUUUAUUCAGUUACAUUUGUAUGAAAAGGGAUAACAAGAAAUAAUGAUGACAAACUGAUUUGAUAAUGAUUAUUAUGGAAGUAAUGUGAGUUAAAAACUAAAUAAAUCACAGCAGUGUGUGGUUUUUUGA